AUGCACUGGUUCACCUUAGUACCCAUCACAUCUGAAACACAAAAUAAUAUAAUAGUACCAGAAGAAGAAGAAGAAGCCAACAUGAGGAUAAACUUGUCCAGGAGUAAUAUUAUAGACAACAUGGAGGGAGAUGAAAGGGAAGAAGGGGACCCUCCAAGGGUUUCACGUUCAACCGCAAAAAGGGCGAGAAAGGUUUCUCUUGUUGAUAACGCAGAAGCUUCUGAGAUAGGAAUCUCAAAUGACUUCCUUCAAAAAGCAAAGAUAAUUCAAGAAAACCUCCGAAUAUACCUAACUAAAGCUGACAAAAGUAUUAAAAAUAAAGACCAAAACCACAUUAAUGGCAAAAUACAGUGGUUCAUUGACGCUAUUGAAUCGUUGGAGGAAAGGACAAAGCAGUACAAAGAUAAGAGUGAGGGUUUAUCUUUACUUGUCCAUAAAGCGGUUCAGGAAACACUUACCUCGCCUUCAGUACAUUCGAUGAUAACAAGCAUCGUAAUAGAGAAAACAGUGCCGAAGGUUAUAGAAUCUCUCUCAGGAACCACUAUGAAAUCUAAUGGUCCCCUCGCCAUCCCUGGAAAAAGCAACGAAAAGUCAUCCGCGACUAACGUGACCCCGCCUGAGCCUUUACCAGCCGCAGUUCCUUUUACAGUCGUUAAGAGCAAAAGAAACAGGAAAAAGACUAAAAAGUCUACCGCAAAUAAGCUGACGGUGGGUAUUAAACAAAGGGAUACGUACGACUCAAUCGAAGACCCAUACAACGUUUAA